AUGAAGCCACAGGCUGCUAAGUUUUUCAACUGCGACAAGUGUGACGCAAAAUUCACGCGAGCUGAUGCGUUACGACGUCAUGGACGAAAAAAACAUAUGGAGACGUAUGCUUACCGCAUAACAUGUUCUGUAUGCGAUGCGGAAGUGGCGAAUCAUCGCCAGCUAGCAGCACAUGCUCAAUUAGAGCACGCUAUAGAGGAAGAUGACUAUUCUGUUCACAAAAUUACAUUCAACAACGUCAACGAUUACAAGGUUGAAGAGUUUCAGUUCUUGUUCUGA